AUGGGGUACAAGACGAAAAAAAAAUCUUCAAAGUCGCCGUCGACUCAGGGACCGCCGUGGCUCGACCUCCCUCUGAAAAAGGGCCCGACGGUCCUCGAACACCUCAGCGGGCUCGGCGGGCCCACCAAGUCGUGGCGGACGCCGGCGGCGUCUGCUUCUUCGUCCGCUGCCUCAGCAGAGCCCAUAGCCCCAGAUCUCGUCGAGAUCAACCUCCCUCCGCCGCCGGUCCCCUGCCGGAAGUUCAGAUACGACCCCGACGAGCUGGACGACUUCGGCUACUACUACACGAGGAAGGAGGACUACCGGCGCUCCGGCCAGGGGAUCUACUUCAAAGGCUACUCCCACAACCACCUGAUCGCCCUCGACGCGAACCUCUCCGCUUGCUACAUACAGAGCGGCCUCAACGGGGAGCUCGAGUUCCCGCCUCCGUGGGACAGCGGCGUCCCGUUCAAAUCCGCCACGGCGUCGUCGUCCUCCAUGGAGACAAUGGUCAUAACCGGAAUCUCGACCCCUGCCUUUGGGUUCUUCAAGGAGAAUCUCCGGGAAAAGGGAUGGACUUACAUAAACUGCACUGUUCUCGAUCUGUACUCGGCUGCCGCCGGCGAGUACAUGGAGUUCACGAAUGCAAUCGGGCUUCAGGGGAAAUACUACGCCAUCAGCCGGCAGGGGAGUCUUGCUGUAAUUGAGGACGUCAGCAACACCUGCGACUACCAGAUUACAGCUGUAGGGGAAAAUCGGGCUGUGCCCAGCUGCCAAGGCACGAAGCAUUUCAGGGAGCACUUGCUCGAGUACGGUGAGGAGAUCUAUUUGGUUUUUCUGGUUUCAAAAAAAUGGGUGAAAGUGGUGGACCGAGUCGAGGUUUUCCGGCUCGACAGGUCGAGGCUUGUGUGGGAGAAGGUGGAGAAGAUCCUCCCUGAUGAUGGGCUGUUUUUCGUUGGGCCCAAAGUGUGCAUGGGGAUUAAAUCGGGCCUUGUCGGUUGCAAGGGGAACAGAGUCUACUUCAAGCACAAUGGGGCCGACACUUGGCAUGUUUUCGAUAUGGGCUCAGGAGAAAUUUCGCUGACUUCUGGGCCUGAAGUGGAUCUUACUGAGGCCCAUGUUCCGGGUUUAAUUUCUACUACGAAGAAAAAAUCUUCAAAACCGCCGUCGACUCAGGGACCGCCGUGGCUCGACCUCCCUCUGAAAAAGGGGCCGACGGUCCUCGAACACCUCAGCGGGCUCGGCGGGCCCACCAAGUCAUGGCGGACGCCGGCGGCGUCCGCUUCUUCAUCCGUUGCUUCAGCAGAGCCCAUAGCCCCAUAUCUCGUCGAGAUCAACCUCCCGCCGCCGCCGGUCCCCUGCCGGAAGUUCAGAUACGACCCUGAAGUGACGGACAGCUUCCUCUACUACUACACGAGGACGGAGGACUACCGGCGCUCCGGCGGCCAGGGGAUCUACUUCAAAGGCUACUCCCACAACCACCUGAUCGCCCUCGACGCGAACCUCUCCGCCUGCUACAUUCACAACGGCCUUAGCGCGGGGCUCAAUUUCCCGCCGCCGUGGGACGGCGACGUUCCGUUCAAAUCCGCCACGGUGUCGUCGUCCUCCCCCGUGGAGACAAUGGUCAUAACAGGAAUCUCGACCCCUGCCUUUGGGUUCUUCAAGGAGAAUCUCCGGGAAAUGGGAUGGACUUACAUAAACUGCACUGUUCUGGAUCCGUACUCGGCCGCCGCCGGCGAGUACAUGGAGUUCACUAACGCAAUCGGUCUCCAGGGGAAAUACUACGCCAUCAGCCGGCAGGGGAGUCUUGCUGUAAUCGAGGACGUCAGCAACACCUGCGACUACCAGAUUACAGCUGUAGGGGAAAAUCGGGCCGUGCCCAGCUGUCAAGGCACGAAGCAUUUCAGAGAGCACUUGCUCGAGUACGGUGAGGAGAUCUAUUUGGUGUUUCUGGUUUCAAAAAAAUGGGUGAAAGUGGUGGACCGAGUCGAGGUUUUCCGGCUGGAUAAGUCGAGGCUUGUGUGGGAGAAGGUGGAGAAGAUGCUCCCUGAUGAUGGGCUAUUUUUCGUUGGGCCCAAAGUGUGCAUGGGGAUUAAAUCGAGCCUUGUCGGUUGCAAGGGGAACCGGGUCUACUUCAAGCAUGAUGGGGCUGACACUUGGCAUGUUCUCGAUAUGGGCUCGGGAGAAAUUUCGCCGACUUCUGGGCCUGAAGUGGAUCUUACUGAGGCCCAUAUUCCGGGAAUAAUUUCUACUGUCCUCGACUAUUGA